UAACACUAUAUAAAAACCACAAGUUUUUCCAUUUUCGUCAUCCUCGGUUUUGCUAGUACUCUCCAAAAAAUAAAAAAUAACAAAAAAAAAUUAACAAAAAACCAAAAACAAAAAGAAAAAAAAAAUGAGUUUCAAAAGUGCAUUGUUUCCACACUUGGCACUUCUUAUCCUAUUCUUUUCUGCCUCACAUGCAUUUGACAUUGCACAAAUGCUAUCACAAUAUCCAGAGUUUUCAUCAUUCAAGAAACUCCUAACGGAUACAAAGAUUGUGGACCAAAUCAACAGCCGGAAAAGCGUGACGGUGAUGGUGAUGGACAACGCUGCUAUGAGCGCCGUAGCCGGAAAGUCACCAGAUACCAUCAAGGCGAUCCUGAUGACUCACGUGAUUCUUGAUUAUUACGACGAAAGGAAGCUUAUGUUAGCGCAAGGCAGCAAUGUUUUACUCACCACGCUUUAUCAAACCACAGGGCUUGCCGUAAACAAUCAAGGAUUCAUCAAGGUAGCCCUUGUCGGCGAAGGCGAAAUCGCCUUCGGCUGCGCGGCACCUGGCUCCCCCUUAGAUGUCAAGCUUGUUCAAACUGUAACCACCCAACCCUACGACAUCUCAAUUCUUCAGGUUACAAAACCUAUUAUAUGGCUUGGCCAAGAUGCUGCGAAACCCGGUGGAUCUCAGGGACCAAAUGCUACAGCGGCAACAGGAACAGGUUCAGUCGCAACCAAACCAGUACCUUCACAAGGUGCUGCAACUUCACCGAUUCCGGCACAGGGAGGAGGAGCUUCAUCAAGUGCAGUAAAACCAGCAUCUUCACAAGGAGCAUCUUCACCGAUUCCAUCACAAGGCGCAAAUGCACCCAAAGGAGCAGCUUCAGGGACUACAAAGCCGAUUCCGAUUCCUCCACAAGCUGCAACUCCGGCCGCCGCGGGAACAAAACCGGUGCCUUCAAGUACAGGACAUGGAGCAAAUGCGUCUAGUUCGGCCAACGGAACCGCUGUGAAUCCAGUGCCUUCAACUGCAAAUUCCUCCACAUCUGCUGCUCCUACAAAAAGCGGUGGAAAUGCACCAAGCCCGGCUCAAGGGCGCGGCGGAAAUGCACCAAGUCCGGCACAAGGAAGAUCAUCGUCAACCUCACCACCAUCGUCUUCACCAGGUGCAAGUUCACCAAGUGGAGCAGGCGGUGGUGGUGGUUCGAGUGGUGUGUCACCAUCACCGGGUUCAGCAAGUUCAAUCGCACCAACACCGGUGGCUGUUUCACCUUCUGGAGACACCAUUAACCCAGCUGCACCGAAUGCAGGGCCAACAUCAAAUGCAGGAGCACCUGAUUCAUCGGGUAUUUCUCCGGGUCCAGCCAUUGAUGGUCCUACAGCAAUAAGCCCUUCAGAUGCUGCUGCAGACGCACCUCCUUCUUUUGGUAGUUCUUCACGCACCAAGAUUAGUUUGUUUGGUGCGGUUAUUACGGGUUUUGCUUCUCUUUUCGUAGUUUUGUAAAUUUAUUCUAAUUAACGUACGCGCUACUAGAAGAAGGUCAUGGAUGAAGAUGAGGAUCAUCCGUUUGAAGGCAGAAACAAGUUAGGAUUAUGUUAAUUAAACUCGUGCUUAGUAUUUGUGGGGAGUACAUGUAGAAAAACAAUUACUUUCUUU